CAACAAUAUUAUAUAUCGAAUUAUCGAUCAAAUCAUUUAGCGAAACUAGGUGAGAAAAAAAAACACAUAAUUCUAAAUCAAACUAUAUUAUAUAUAGUCAUUAAGCUAAUGAAACGAUGUCAAGAAAAGAGAGUAUAGCUAAUAAAAUUAGUUGGAAAAAAAAUCAAACUAUACUAUAGUUUAUAUAAUCCAAUAACCAAUCGUUUUGGAGAAUCUCUUUUUCUUUUUUGAACGAAGAGAAUCUGUCUCUCUCUCUCAAUCUCUCCAAUGGCAUCUCCUCGUGGCCUUUCGAUCUCCUUCAUCGUCCUCGCUCUAUUCACCUUCUUACCGAAUCACGCGAUCUCUCUCCGCACCUCCUUCAUCAAGCUCCCGGGAAGCGACGGAUCUCGCUCCUCAGCCGCAGAUACUUACUGCGAGAGCUGGAGACUGGCCGCGGAGACCAACAACGCCGGAACCUGGGACGUGAUCCCCUCCGUGUGCGUAGAUUCCGUCGCCGGUUAUCUCAACGGAGACCAGUACGGAUCGGAUUACGGCGUCAUCGCCGAUUACGCCCUCGCCUUCGCUAAAACGGUUCAGGUUUCCGGCGACGGCAAGGACGUGUGGAUCUUCGAUAUCGACGAGACGCUCCUCACGAAUUUAGACUACUACAGAGCUCAUGGUUACGGGUCUGAACCGUUCGAGGCUAAUAGCUUCAACGAGUGGGUGGUAGAAGGAACAGCUCCAGCUUUUGAAGCAAGCUUGAGACUGUACAAUGCUCUCAAGAAACUCGGUUUCACCAUCGUUCUCCUAACUGGCCGGGACGAACACCAAAGAAGUGUCACCGAGACUAAUCUUCGAGACGCCGGUUACUCCGGCUGGGAAAGGCUCCUCUUGAGAGGUCCUGAAGAUCAAGGGAAGUCAGCUACGAACUACAAGUCGGAGCAGCGGUCGAAGUUGAUCGGGGAAGGCUUCAAGAUCCGUGGCAAUACCGGCGAUCAAUGGAGCGAUCUUCUCGGCUUCGCCGUGGCUGAUCGUUCUUUCAAAGUCCCAAACCCAAUGUACUACAUUCCUUGAUCAUUAGUGUUCUCAUUCAUGUACUGAGUAACAACAACAACAACAACUAGUCAUAUGAUUUAUUUAAACUUGAUGAAUGCACUAAUCACCAAUUCUAGAGGUGAUCAACAACUUCAA